CGUCAUUCUUCAAAACUUUCUUUGAACAUCCAUUAUUUCGUCUUAUGACGUGAAAAAUAGCUGUUGACGAAUCUUGACCUUUUAUCCCUGUGGGCUUACGUUCUGCAAGGCGAAACACCCUCCCAGAACCGAUUCUUGUUUGCGUACACCGAUUCAGCUUGCAAAACGACAUCAUGGGCGAGCUCGCCGACUACCUCAUCAAUAACGACCCCAGCUUCAGCAGGUCACGAUUAGCAGCCCGAUACUCGGAUUUUCGAUCACAGCGCACCUUGAAUCCCGAUGGCUACCAGGCAAAUAUUUCCGCCUGGCGCCAGGCCCUCUCAGAUCUUGUCGCCAAGGGCAAGAUUUCCCACCGCGGAUCCAGCCCCGACCACUUCGUCCUCAAACUCGACGACUCCUUACUGCGGUCACUGGAACACAAGGAAUUUGGCCAGCCCCUGGCCCUCGGAACCGUAGUGCGCGAAGCGACCGCCGGCCGGGACUUUAUACCACUACAGGAUUUCGAGAAAUCGCAACAGAGUAUCUAUCAGCGCAGUUGGGCUGGUCUGCCAUGGAGUGUGAUGAGUUGGACUUUGCGACAGCUGGGCGUGGUAGACCCUGCUAGAGGCGACGACAAGCUGCCCACAGGUCAAUAUGUCAUUGUCAAGAAUAUGGAAGCUGCCGCGAAGGAGCUGGGCGAUCUGAUGGCCGAAAAAGUGUCAAGAUUCGAUCGCGUUUUCAGCAGAGCACAAUUUCAAAAAGCCUUUUCCGCCGCUCUCGUUAAAGGCCAACAUCUGACGGACUCGGACCUAGACGUUCUACUGAAGUUUUUGUCGCGGGACAAGGAAGUCAUCGAAUAUGAUGGGAAAACGAUCAGAAUCAAGGGCUCUGGGGAGCAGAGCGGUAUCACAAAGGAAGACGCUGCGAUCGCAUCCCUGAAGGAGCUCACAGAAAGUCUGAAGCACCAAGCCGACCUCCUUAACACACGCAUCGAUGAACUCUCCCAAACAGCCAAGGAUGCCGUCACUAAAAAGAAUCGCGUUGCAGCUCUUGCGGCGCUCAAAUCCAAAAAGAUUGCCGAGACUUCGUUGGCUACUCGCUACGCGACUCUGAACCAAUUAGAAGAAGUUUCCGCCAAGCUCGAGCAGGCUGCUGACAAUGUGCAGCUUGUCAACGUCAUGGAGGCUUCUUCUGGUGCGCUGGCAAGCCUCAAUGCACAGGUCGGUGGUGCCGAGCGCAUCGAUGCAGUUAUGGAUCGCCUACGGGAGCAGAGCAGUGCGACCGACGAGGUGAGCGCUAUUCUGGCCGAAUCAACAGGCGAGGUCAUCGACGAAACUGCGCUCGACGACGAGCUCGAGGCUAUGGAGGCGCAAGAGCGCGAAAAGGAAGAAGAGAUGACGAAGAGCAAGGAGGCCGAGGAACAGAAAGCCCGCGACGAACGGGAGGCAGCCGAGGCGCAAAAGAAGCUCGACGAGUUGCCUGAUGUGCCUGCUGAUGGUGAGGAGAUCCGACAGAAGGAGCAGACACCAACAUCCGAGACUGGAAUUGCAAAUCUGGCGAUAUAGAAGACGCCAGGCGAACGGACUGGGAAGAGAACGAAGCUCAGUGCAGGCCGAAUGGUUCAUACGUGUACAUGAUGAUAUAGUAGGAUAUCCCUGGCGUUUUUGGGCUUAAGAUUGUACAAGUGGGUUU